UGGUAUAGGUUUCUAGCAAACGUUGGUCAAUUUUUCCUGACAUUUGUUCCAGAUGUUGGGUUGUCAGCGUUGACCUAAAUGAUUGGUAAGAAAUACCUUAUCGCAUGGGAUUCCAACGUGUAGUCACUACGUUGGACAAAUUUUGCUCUAAGAUUAGGUAAUGUCAUUAGAAUUUGUGUGAGUGCACAAUAUUUUGGGUUUGCCGACUGUUUCUACGCUCAAUCGUUUCUUUACUGGUUGGUGCCUUGAGUCAAAUCAUGUUGUUGAAACUAAAUCGGCUUUGACUGUAACCGUCCACGCGAAUUUCUAGAGUGAGACUAAUAGAAAUUAUUAUCCUCGAAACAACUUCGGCCUAUACACGCUGGCUUCUCUGAUAUCAUGUUCCAGCAAUAAAACUGAUUGCUAGGUACGUGAAAUAAUGAUUGCUUGAGCACACACUUGAAAAUGAAGCACAGACGAACUUUGACAUAGGCCUAUUUAGCCAAGAUGUGUGAACGUUUCAUCUCUCAACAAAAUGGGCGAAAAUCAUCAUCAAAUGGGCAUUAUUUAUCAAAGAAGUUUGUAAAUUACAAAAGAUUUGUUGACAUUACCAAAUAAAUUAGUAACAAUGCGAGUGUUUUCAAAAUAGUUGGCAUUAUUUCAAUCAACAAGCAGCGCGUAGUUUUGCGUUUUCCCAGAAGAUAGGAAAAAAGCACGUGUGUAAUUGGACUCGGAGCGCGGCAUGCGAUGUGCACACGACGCCGCGCCGCCGCAGUCAUACGUAUUUUCACGCGCAUGUACAUUGUAUACGUCGAGUCAACAGCGACUGGUGACAAGAGAUGGAGUUGCUUGAAGAUUUGGCAGAAGGGGGCAGUCCUAUCCCUGAUUAUUCAAGCAUACAUGGUUUUCUGAGGAAGUGGGGAGUUGAGCAGCUGCUUGGGUUGUUUGAAGAACACAAAAUUGAUCUGGAAGUGCUACCCCUUUUGGAUGAGCAGACAGUUACAGAACUAAUUCCUCAGAUAGGUGUUCGCAUGAAGUUCCUUAAUGGCUGGAGAAGAGAAUUUCAGCAAGAUAAGCAAGAACCAACGUUGCGGCAUGCUGAUUCAUUCUCAACUUUAGACAUAGAUGAAGUUUGCAACACUUCUACAUGUACAUCGAGAAGCACAAGCAUUGUUAUGCCUUGCUCCAGGCCAGACACUGGCUCUGUGUCAUCCAUGUCUUCAGUUUGCACACCACAACCACCGAAAAAGAAAUGUAGAGUACAGGCAAUUGAUGCCAGAGCAAUUCUGCAGACAACAGUUGCAGGUCGUGACAUAAUUACCCAUCUUGAGAAAAACAAGUGUUUGACCAAGACAUACAGGUGCAAAAUGACUGCUCUACUUGUUGGGCAUCUGAUAGACAACUAUGGUUUAAAACCAUGUGCUUAUGAGAAGCAGGCUUUGGCAGAGAGCAUCAUUCGUGACUUUCCCUUCUUAAAAGACCCAGAAGGCACCGGAUAUGAUGCAUGGUACACAAAAGGAGCAGCUAAGCGUCCAGCCACUGGAUAUCUGGAAGAGAGACUACGCUACGUUCGCAAGACUAUGCUGAAAGUAGAGACCUCACCAUCUGCUGAAUCAUUGUCUUCUGACAAAGAUUCUCCGGAAAGGUCUCAAGAUGAGGAAGAGGACAUUGCAGGGAUGACAUCCUGGCUGCAAGAAAACAGUGAACCAGAACAUAAAGUCAGGGACUACAUGGCUAAAACCGCUGGUCAUCGACAACAGCUAAUCCAUCAGAAGAAGGUACCUUUAGCCGAGAUUCUUCAGCAGUACCCAAGGAUUUUAGAUGCAGCCAUGAUUCUGCAGGAUUUUGAUCUGGGCUGUUAUAGUGAUGCUGCUGACAAGCUGUUGGAGAAAUGGGGUCAACUGAGUGACCAUAUCAUUCUAUAUGCAUCUGUGAUGAAUUCAGCUUGGAAGGAGCUAAUUGGUAUGCCUCACCUUGACAGCAGCAUACUCUCAGCUGAGGAAAAGAGCCACUUAGCAUUGUACCUGCUGGCAUUUCUUCUUGGUGGAAGAGCAAGGGGUGGACGGAGGGGAGGACGCUUUGCCAUAAACAUGGAGUCUUUCAUCGACUUACAACCGGCAGUAACCAACGUGGCGGAAUAUUUAAAUUCCAUCAAAUCAUCUGAGAGACCACAGCCAUACAUCUUGGCACUGGUGACCACCAACCGACUACUUCCAACCCAGUCGUUCUUAAUCAUUGAACGUAAGGCCAUCGAGAUGCCAUCACUCCUCAAGACAGUGGACCUGGCCUUCAAAUCUCACUAUGUCUUCAAUGUUACCUAUCAGCCACAGGUGCAAAAUGUUUGGGAUUUCCUGCAGUGUGUGGUCUAUGAGUUGCCUGGUCUAGCUCGCCCCAUUGUAAGAGACAUGAGGGCAUUUCUGAGGCGACAACUGUCAACACAGGCUUAAAAAGAGCUCUUCUCUGGGUUUCGCAAGUCCAGGGUUUUUUCAAAACUACAGUUUAUGAAACGUCCUCCAGUGUUUUUGAUACUGCAUUACAGCUUUUAUAUCACUAGUUCAAUGCCAUUAGUUUCUUAUUUACCUUUAUUUUUGUGGUCAUCAGUGGUUUUUCGUGCAGACACAUAAAAGGACCACAAGCAACAUUUUAAUUUUUGGCAGUUUGUUAUCUUGACAGCAAGUUAUUCUCUUCUCUGCUUGGACGACAGAAGAAACCCUGUAGUAGUGAUUUUGACAAAUGUGUUUUUUCAAAAGAAUAUUGAUCUGUUGUCGUAAUUAAAAUGAUUUGUUGUUGAUUUUAUGAGCUACACAUACCAAAAUUGAUACUUUUUCUCAAUGAUUACACUAUAUCCUCAUUUCACAAUUUGCCUGUACCAAUAUUUCCAAUAGUAAAAAAAUAUGUAAUUAUGUUAAAGUUUAUUGAGGGAACUGUGUGUUUAAGCUACAAAUUUUCUGUAUAUUUUUGUUCUUUGAACAAAGACAACAAAAAAAGCCUUGUUUAGUCGUGAUUUGAAAAACAAGUUUUAUUGUUCAAAAUUUACUAAUCUCUUCUCAUAAUCACAGUAAUUUAAUUGUUUCUUCAUUUAUAGCAUCAAACCUGUUUCACAAUUUGUGUUAUUAUUCCUGACUGUCAAAACAAUUAUUAAUGGGUCCUGCAGAGAAGCCAAGUGUUAAAGCCAGAUACAUAGCAGUAGUUUAUAACCAAGUACAUGUACAUGUUUACAUAAAUGAAUCUCAUCUGAUGUGUCUUCUGACACUUUUUGAUUGGUUAUUUCUUGCGUGCACAAAAUAUCAACGGACCAUUUCUCAAGAAAUAAGAGCAAAUCAAAUCAGCCGUAGCGGGAAUUAAGCCCAUGACCAUUAACUUUGAUAUUUAUAUUGAAGACUUCAUAUUUCUUUCCACUAAGAUGGGCAAAAACCAGGGCAACAUCAUUUUUGUGCCAUGUAGUAAAGGACUUAUAUUGGGUUGUGAUUUGCUAAAACUCAAGUUAAAGACGUUAUGUAAUGUUUUAUUGUAAAAGUUCAAGUUAAGACCUUGUUUACAAUAAAUUGUUUUUUAUUGUUUAACAAUAAAUGCUUGUUACAGUAAUGUGUAA